CGUCGCGCGGCAUCGGGGACGCGCAGGCGCUACCAUGGCGACGGCGGCGGAGCAGCAGGGCCGGGCCGCGGCGCGGGAGGAGGCCCCGGAUGAGGCCCGGGUUGAGGCCGCGGCCGGCGCUGAGGAGACGGUGAAGAUCAUCUGCCUGGGCGACAGCGCCGUGGGCAAGUCCAAGCUGCUGGAGCGGUUCCUGCUCGAUGGCUUCCAGCCGCAGCAGCUCUCCACGUUCGCCCUGACGCUGUACCAGCACCGCGCCCGGGUGGGCGGGCAGGAGGUCCGCGUGGACUUCUGGGACACGGCAGGCCAGGAACGGUUCCGGAGCAUGCACGCCUCCUACUACCACCAGGCCCAUGCCUGCAUCAUGGUGUUUGAUGUGCAGCGGAAGGUCACCUACAAGAACCUGAACAGCUGGUACAAGGAGCUGAGGGAAUUCCGCCCAGAGAUUCCGUGCAUUGUAGUGGCCAACAAGAUUGAUGCGGAUAUGAAGGUGACCCAGAAAAGCUUCAAUUUUGCCCGGAAGUUCAGCUUGCCCUUUUACUUUGUGUCUGCUGCCGACGGCACCAACGUGGUGAAGCUCUUCAACGAUGCCAUCAGACUGGCCGUGGCUUACAAACAGCACUCAGGAGACUUCAUGGACGAGGUCCUGCGGGAGCUGGAGAGCUUUGAACUGCAGAAAACAAGCAAGGAUUUGCCAGAUAAAGGGAAGAGCUGCACUGAAGAGGAGCCCUCAUCUGCUUAGGCCUGGAACCUGAGCCUGUUUUCCCCUUGGCUCUGGACUUCUGGAGCUUGCAUGGAGGACAGUGAUGCUUCUCAUGCCCUAGAGCUGUGGUGAUGGGCAGCUGGGCCUCUUCCCUUCUUGUGGGAACCUGCCUGGGCAGAAUCUUCAUUGGCUCGGCCCUCGCUGCUGCACAUUUCGCUCAGGAGAGGGAUGGGAGAAUCCACAUGAUUCCACAUGGGUGGUGGCUCAUUCCUACUGCUCCUUCAAGGCAGAGCUGCCUAGGGAGAAGUGAGCCAUCCUGGACCUGCAGGAGGGAUCCUGCCCAGGCACUGUAGUGGUACCUGCUGCAGAAAGCAAACACUAAAGGAUAUUUUUUACAAAGCUA